AUGGCGCUUCGCAGCUGCUUGUGCGAUCGCCUCAAGCGCCAACCUGCAGUCCGUGGCUUCUAUCUUCCCAGCGAUACCUACAGCGAGGCGACUGCGAAGCGGGAGGACCGGAGCGCUUCGCAGGCUGUCGCCACAACUUCCUCACCAGCUCCAGCCGAUUCACAUCCAAUAGCUUCACCUUCCGCUCUCGAGGCCAUCAUGCGCCAACUUCAGCAGCUUCAGGGCACUGUCAAUACUCUUCAAGCCGACCUCGACCAGGAGAGAAUGUACAGCGAUUCGCUGAAGGACCAGAUCGAGAAAGUGGAGGGCAGUUGCAAGCAGUCUGACCAGAACAUCAAGGCCGUGCAGGCAAAGGCCAUCUCGCGACAAGAUCAGCAGCACGAGACACUCGAUGCGCUGCAGCGGGACAUUGCAACCUGA